AUGAGUGGUUCUCGAUUACCUGCGACCCCAAUAUCAGGACGUAAGAAGACACUACGUUCGCAAUCAAGGGUCCCCCAAUCCUUCCCCCCUAUUACUGAGCAAGAAUCCGGCUCAGAAGCGGAGGGUGAUCAAACUGAAUACGCGAUGGCAGAGGAAGAUAUGACAACCUCUGGCUCCGCACACGAUACUGGCAAGAUGCCAGAACGCGAGGAAUCCGAGGAUGGCACGCCCAGUCCUAUGCCGAUACCUACGCCGAAUCCUAACGGCAUGGUGACCAUGGCAGCAGCAGAUCUCAUUGCACUCUGCGAGCGACUGAUAUCAGCACGCGCGCCGCCACCUCCUCCACCUCCUCCACCACCUCCACCUCCUCCGAACCCUAUACCAGAAGAAGAUCCGAACAUGCUGGCUCGCGAAUACCAGAAGGAAGCGCAGGCCUCGUUGAACACAAAGUCCGUCACCACGUUCGAUGGCACCAACUACCAGACGUGGAAGAUGGCGUUCUUGUCGGAUGCAGAAGUGAUCGGUGGUGCAAAUAUUCUUAAUAAGAACCAACAGGAACCACCUGAAGGUUUAUCAUCGCUCGAUCAGCGAUAUUGGGUGAUACGUUCAAAACUUCUCUUCCGUCGCAUGUUGCAAUCCCUAGUAGGUUCUGUCCGUUUGACCAUGGGAUCCAUUCAACCCGACAACGCGGCGGCCCUAUGGAACAAGGUAAGCGCAGUAUACGCGAUAUCCCUAGGGGAAGAAAGGAUUAACAUCCUUAAAGAAUUUACCCACUUGCAUGUCAAGGACGGUGAUUACCUGGCGUACGUACGCCGAUAUCAAUACCUGUCUGCUCGCAUGCGACAACUAACGGAGGACCGUGGUGAGAACUACCUCCAUGAUUUCUUUAUUAUCGGCCUCCGAGAUUAUCAGAGGACCUAUGUUAAAUCACGCCUCGAUACGUUCUACGGGACGGGUCAGGGUCCGAUUGUCAACCUAGAUAUCAACGAUCUCACAAAACAAAUUGCUCACCGGAUGAGUAAAUCAGAGGGUACUGGACGCCCUAAAGCUCCAAAGGCCAACGCGGCCACCAAUGAUAAUGACAACACAACUUCCGCCGCAACCGCAAAGUGCGGAUACUGCAAGGUCCCAGGGCAUAUAAAGGCUAAUUGCUAUCAUCUGAACCCUGACAAAGCACCCGAGUGGUGGAGGAAAGAGAAUAAGGAUAAUAAGGGCACUGACAACACUGAAGGUGCCAAAAAGAAGGGAAAGGAUAAGAAGAAGGACAAGGAUGACGACAAACCUACUGGCACCAGAGCGCCAGAUCUCCUUGCAUCGCAACCUAAUGCCAACGCAGCAAUUGCUUUAUCUACGUCGUCCGCUACAACAUCCAAACCUUGGUAUCUCGACACCUGCGCAAGCUUCAAUAUGACGGGUGAAAGGCACUCGUUGGUGCGCGCAAAGUCGUUCGAAGGUGAUUUAGAAAUUACUACCGCGGACGGUGGCGUAGGACGGGUUGAGGAGAUAGGUGAUAUCCUUCUAGAAUCAGAAGGGGGGGAUAUCUCAGUGGGUUACGUCCACUGGAUCCCCAAUCUAACAGUCAACCUUCUAUCCUUUGCGAAGCUAGAAGAUCAAGGCUUCAGAUACCAACUAUCAGAUACCACCCCUUCCUAUUUUACAAUAAGGGCCCCGAACGGUGCCAACUUCACCGCUGUUCGCACGUCCAAAGAAUCGGUCUACAAGAUAAUAGAACGAGAAUCUCAAAUAGACGUCCAUCACCCGUCCCAGGCCGUCCAUUUUAUGGCCAAAUCUUACAAUUACGGGGACGCAAUGUCGACAAUCGCGGGGAAACCUAACGAUCAACCUAGCGAUCGCAACCCCCUGACAAGAACACUCAUGGAAUGGCACGUCACACUAGGGCAUAUCCACGCUGGCGCGAUCAUUGCACUAGCGAAGGACCCAUCAUCCGGCAUCCGCAUCAAAGGAUCUAAAACAGGCUUCUUCUGCGAUAGCUGCGUCAAAGCAGGCAUGACACGCAAGUUCUCGCAAACUCCCAUGCCACGAGCGUUGCGAGCAAUGCAACGUGUUCAUAUCGACCUUGCUGGCGGUGGUCGUACGCUGGAUGACAUGUCCGAUUACCCUAUCGAAUCUCGUCAAGGGACCAAAUAUUAUAUGCUCAUCACCGAUGACGCCACCCGCUACAGGUGGAUCUAUUUUUUACAUACCAAGGACCAAGCUGUCGAAAUUUACGCUCACUGGGUCCAAUUCAUGAAAAAUCUCGGCUUCACGCCACCGGCGCUAGUUAGGACUGAUAUCGAUGGUGUCUUUCGAUCUAACAAGAUGACAACAAUGAUGACCAAAGAUGGCACUAUCUGGGAACCUACUACGCCCCAAUCUCCCCACCAAGAUGGUGUUUCUGAGAGAGGAAUCCGUACGAUAAUGACACGCGCAAGGGCAGUGCUUUUAGGCAUGAAUAUACCGAAGAAGUUCUGGGCAGACGUUCUCGAAACGGUGGUUGCAAUUACCAACAACACACCAACAUCUACCACCCUGUAUAAUGAGAAAUACUGGCCUACCAACAACGCCGACGAAGCACCUGCGCGAUGCCCCUAUACGGUCCCAUUCUCAGCACUAACCAACGCCCCGCCCCAACUUCGCCAUUUUAGGGAGCUAGGUGUUGAUGUUUACGCGCACCUUCAUGGAUCUCAAAAACCUACUGACAAGCUGUCCGCUAGGGCAGAAAUUUUUAAACUUAUAGGAUUCCGUGGUAACUCAAUCUACCGCCUCUGGAGUCCUACAACUGAUAAAAUAAUUGUCACCAGUGAUGUCGUUUUCCCUGCAAAGGAACCUACAACCUCGCAGGAUGACACUAACCACACGACACCCGAACCUGCAAGUCCAGCGACUUAUCUUGUUGAUGAUACUACCGUUCCUGAAUUAGCUGACGCCGAAUGGGUAAGACCAGCGAAAGCGUUCGCCACCUACGUUCCUUCUCCCCUCACCGGUUCCGUUCCGAAAGGAUAUAAGGAUGCCGUUAGUAGACCUGGGGGGGUUGGCGAAUAUUGGCAGAAAUCGAUGGAACGCGAGAUUGCAGAUUUGGAACGAAGGAACACUUGGACAAUGAUCCCACGUUCUGACGUCCCUUCUGGUGAGCCAGUGGCCCCCGGCCGCUGGGUUUAUGUCGAAAAAGAUCGCCCCCAGGAUCCCAACGCGGAUCCUGAUGGUAUAUUACGAAAAUCUCGAUGGGUAGUGUGCGGUAAUUGGUUAAAGAAAAGCGCACGCGAAGAAACAUACGCGCCCGUCGUUAAUGACGCUACUAAUCGCAUGAUGUUCGCGAUAGCAGCGAAGCGAGGUUGGACCUUGCGCCAGGUCGAUAUAGUGAUGGCCUACCUACACGGCCGACUUGGUAAAACGAUUUAUAUGCGGCAACCUACCGGAUUUGAGGUGGGGACUCCACACGCGAUGGUUUGCGCUGUCGGAGGCUCCCUAUACGGAUUGGACCCUGCUGCUAAGAUUUGCCCCUACGACCCUGCUCUAUGGCGCCACACGUCCCGCAAUCACCUUUAUAUGACAAUCUACGUGGACGACCUUCAUAUUAUAGCAGAGGAUCCGGCAGAUGCCGAUUGGCUAGUUGACACCCUCGCCAACAAAUUAGAAAUAAAGGAUUUAAAAGAACCUUCAAAAUACUUAGGCAUGGAGGUUGAACGUCGCCCUGAUGGUGCUAUAAAAUUGACAUUGAGACGCUAUAUCGAUCGUUUAGUGCAAGAUUUCCGCCUAGAUGACGCCGUCCCUGUCCCUACGCCAAUACUUGAAGGGUUGAAGAUAGACGAUACCCCUGUGUCAGAACGAGAAGGAGGGUUCACCAAAAAGCGAUACCAACACGGAGUAGGGUGCUUGCAGUAUCUGGCAGUCAAAUUACGCCCAGAUAUUGCGCGAGCAGCAUCCCUACUAGCGCAGAAGAAUACUGCGCCUACACCUAAGGCGUGGAGGGCUCUCCUCCGCGUCAUACAAUAUCUAAAAGGAACGAGCAACCUUGGCAUCUUAUACGAAGGCCCCAAGAACGAGAUCGAUGAAUUCCCCAACGCGUCAUAUCUGCCGAUAGGUUAUACAGAUUCGGAUUGGGCAGGACCGUUGAACGGCGAACGCAAAUCUACUUCAGGCUUCAUAUUCAAGUUAGCAGGUGCACCAAUUUCAUGGCGUUCGUCCAAUGAGAAGAUCAACCAUCCCACAGCCUGCAACCUCAAAAAUCGUAACCGAGCUGUCGAAGUCUCAUUGCUGAUUCAUGUAUUUUUCUUUGGACCAGGAAGUCCGCUCUUCUCCUCCUCUGGUACAUACCUCCUCACUGGCUUAAACAAGGGUGUGGAUCAGAUAGUAACUGAGGAGUACAACAAAGCUCAAAUGGAAUUUAUGAACAUCUUGGCAGAUGAAGAAGAGCGAGGUGACGGUGCGAGCAACACAAUGAAACUAUCGACUGUCAUGAACCAGGUUUGGGAGAUGGGGACAUUUUGCAGUGGGCAUUUGAACAUUAAUCCGGAGCAAGUUGAUAAGUUGGGCGUUAAUGGGAAGUGGCAGGCUAGCAGCUACAGAAACCGCGCUAGGGGAAAAAUCUUCAGCGCAGGUCAUCGGAUCCUCCGCUAUGCCACCGAGGGCUUACCGCGCGUUGAUCAAGCGCGGUACGAAGAAAGCAGAGCGCGGAGAAUUGAUUAUACCUUCACCUUCUUGUGUGGCGCUUCUGGGAAUCCUCUAGGCGCCGCCAUGUUAUGA